AUGAAUUCCAACAACCCCUCCACUCACGAGGCCGACUACUCAAUCACUGAGGGAUUUGACUACGAUUCUUUUGCGAAGUUCAUGGAGGAGAAUCCUGUCUCAUCGACCCCUCCUAUCGCGCCGGUGGCUUCAACACAUCCUGGCUCAAUCGAACAGAACGACUUCAGGCAGAACGACCAAAGCGUGUUUGAUUACGGCGACAACUUUCCUUUGUUCCCUUCUGAGAGCUUCGGAGACAACGGCGGCUAUUUCGACCAUCAAGGAGAUAUGUACACUUCUGGCGAGAGCGUACCCGGACAGUCGGCCUCUGACUGGAACCUGCAAGGAGGUCACAAUCACGUAGAGACUGGCCAACAGUAUCAGCCAGAGAGUAACGUAGCCUUCGCGGCUCUUCACGAAGCAGUCGGCCACCAAGCACGAGGGCGACAAUAUGCACAAGAGCCUCAACGUGCACUAGGCUGGCAGUACGUAGAGCUGCAACGUUCAUCAGGCGGCCUGCGAGAUCCAUCAGGGCUGCAACGCGCACCAGAGCUGCACCGUGGACCGGAGCCGCGCCAUGAAAUCGGCCCGCAAAGUGCAUCAGAAUCGCGCAGUAGGUCAUCGUCGUCACGUACGUCAGCGACUCCUGAUACAUCGGCGGCGCACCGCCCGCCCGUCACCAACCAUCACGCACCUGUCACGCACCACACAGUAGCAACCGGUGACGCAUCUGUUCCCCAGCAGUCCGAGAACAAGGACGCUGGAACUGGCGAGCAAGCUGCUGACGGCGCUGACGGCGCGGGCGCUGUUAAAUCUACCACACCCAAGCACAUUCUCGAAAAAGAGAAGCAAGCCCGGGUCGCGAUCAGGAAGCUGAAGGCCAAGACCAGUAUGGAUGGGCAGAUGGGCGAGUCUAUCACUAUGGUUCGCACCAACACUGGAGUUGAGUUCAGUGGUACGAUGUGGAAGGCGCCUGCCAAUGAUGUGACCAUUCCUACAACAGAAGAUGACAUCAAGGCCUGCGUCAAUGCUCUUGACCUGGCAAUGCACAACGUCGAAAACAUCCGGGAGAAGGCCGAUAUCAAGUCACCUACCAAUCGGUGGAACUCUGAGUCCAAGUAUUAUUUCCCGGAAGAGUACAAUGCAGCUGCUGGCCUGCUCGUGAAAGAGCUGAUCAAAAUCCACACCGACGGUUGGACCAAGCAGAUCUUCGACCAGAACGAGCGUGAGCAAUGUCAGCUUACCCAGUUCUACACGUUUGAAGAUCGAUUCGAAGGUCUUCGGGAACUGCUUCAUUACUCCAAGACGUCUUGCCAAGACAUCAUGAAGGGUUCCCGCUUCUACACUAUCAUCGCCAACCCGCGCAACCUGAUCCAUCGCACAGCCACCAACAAGACUGCCAACGUCAACAAAGGCCAGCAAAUUCGGGCAGGCAAAGUGGCAAUCAAGAAAGAAAGCAGCAAGGCAGCUUCUUCCAGCGGCGAAGACAAGGGCGACAAGGCGACACAGCAGGAUGGCGAAGAGGGCUCCAACAGCGAAGAGUCUACAAAAGUCAAGAAGGUCUCAAGGGGCAAGAAGCGCGCUCGCGAAGAGAACUUCGUUGCGGAGGACCCAGCUAGCCAAGCACCUCGCAAGAAAGCGCCUACGAAGAAGCGUCGCAGCGAGUGA